UGUUUUAAACUGAACCAGUCCAUUGGAUAUGCGGUUUGCAAUCACGGCCGCAACAAUGUGAGGCUGUAUAGCCUAUAGAUUCUUUUUAUGAUAGUAAUUUUUAUUACCAAGAUUGUUUUACCUCUUUGGAUCGACGCUUUGGAAACACAAAUCAUUUACCAACUGGACCGGUGUGGAGGAACGUCCUGAGGGUUCGGAAGGGUCUCCAUAUCCUUUUUUUUUUUUUUUUUUUUUUUUUUUUUUUGCUUCCGCUGGGAGUAGAUCUAAUAUGUCAAGGCGAAAACAGACCAACCCCUUCAAAGUUGACUGGCCAUUCCACACUUCUGGCAUCACAGGAUUUCAGCAUACAAUUAAUAUGGACGGAAGGGACGAGUUCACCGAAGACAGUGAGUGUUGCAGCAACAACUCGCAGGAAGUCCUCGGACAGGAGAGCAUCUCAGAAGACAGUGAAAGCGACCCGGACUCUUCGUCCAACACCUCGGCCGACGACCACAUGACUGCCAAGAGGGCUCCGUGCCGCCUGCAAGGAGCGGGAGUCAAAGAGGAGAACGAGGACGGCUCUGAUCACAGCAACAACUUUGUGUGUCCUCUGUGCACGCUGGACUUCAGCAGUCCAGAGAAGCUCAUUUCCCAUGUCUACCAGCACACAAGUCUAAUGAACAACGCCAAAAGCUACGUGUGUCCCGUAUGUGGACGAGCACUGAGUUCGCCGGGCUCGCUCGGACGUCAUCUUCUCAUCCACUCGGAGGACCGUCUGUCCAACUGUGCCGUGUGCGGGGCACACUUCACUGACACAGACAACUUCAACAGGGACAAGCUCAAGGAAGUCCUGGACACGACCAAGCUGGACGUCUCUGGUGGAGGUGACACUUGUCCCCUAACCCACUCGCUUUCCAGUACUCCCAUGGCCAGUCCAGGAGCGGACCCUCAUUCCUUAUCCGGGCCCAGUUCCUGUCAGGGCCCUCAAUCAUGUCAAGUCCACGAUCCCAGCGGGAGUCUUUGUCAAUCCCAUCGAACGUGUCACAUCUCCGGCCCAUGUCAAGGGGCCUCCGGUCAAGGACCCUCGUUUCCCUCACUGCCCGACAGUCUGCUUUCCGAAGGGCCCUCGCUGGCAUCCAUUCCCGAUGCACUCACCUCGUCCUCCUCAGGUCUUCCUCCCAUCCCGGACAUCCUGAGCCCGACGCCCGUGUACCCUGCCGGCGUGCUCCUGGUGUGCAACAGCUGUGUAGCCUACCAGCAGCUGGUGGAAUCGCAGUCCCCCACUCGCAAAUGGGCCCUGCGCCGCAAAAACGAGCCCCUGGAGUCGCGCCUGCACCGGCUGGAGCGCGAGCGUACAGCCAAGAAGAACAAGCGCGCGUGCGAGACGGACGAGGAACGCGAGUUGCGCCGUCUGCGUGACCGCGAGGCCAAGCGCAUGCAGAGGAUGCAGGAGUCUGAGGAGCAGCGGGCACGGCGCCUACAGCGGGACCGUGACGCCAUGCGCCUCAAGAGGGCCAACGAGCCGCCCGAAAAGAGGCAGGCGCGGCUCGUCCGCGAGCGCGAGGCCAAAAGGAUCAAGCGCCGGCUGGAGAAGAUCGACCCCGCACUGAGGACGCAGAUUGAACACGACCCCGCCGCCAUGGCUGCGCUCACGGCCGACAUGAGCCUCUUUCAGUUCCCCUGCCCUGUGCCCGUCCCCUCCAUGGGAAAUGGACUUUUCAUGAAGAUGCCCUAAGAGGACUGCACUCUUAAUUCAGUGGUGUCCAAACUUAUCAGUGAAGAAAAAUCAAAGGACACUUCUUUACCAUUAACUCAUUCAGUGCCAGCUGGUUUUAAAGCUGUCAACCCCAUAUUGCCAACAUUUUCCCAGACAAUAUCGUGUUAGCGUGCUACCGUCAAAGUUAAUACAUUAACGUCGGAAGUUUGAAAAUGCUAACGGUUUUCAUUGACCUGGUAAAAACGACCUUCACAUGAAAGACAGUUGCUCAAAUGCCGUAUUUUUCGGACUAUAAGUCGCAGUUUUUUUCAUAGUUUGGCAGACGGUGCAUCUUAUACUCUGGAGCGACUUAUGUGUGAUUAUUUACGGUCGGGUCGGGCCGACUUCUCUUUCGUUAGCUUUUUUAAAAAAUAAAUAUAUAUUCAUAUAUUUACACUAAAACGAUGUAUGGAUGUUAAAUAAAAUAAUUUGGAUAAAACAGAGAAGGCGCUGUGCAUGCCUGCGCACGAGAACGCAGUGUCCCCGCUCUCUUUUCAAUCUUCCCAUCCCGCCCUAGCGCCCUCCGCGAGCAUCCUGGCAUUUCCUUUUCGAUAUGGAGCAGUGAGGAGUGAAAAACAAACUACAGACAAGAGAAUUGAAAAGCAAACAAUUGCGGUAGGAGUGGGAUAUGGAAAGGAUUAAAAUUGAUUGUUGAAGAUGCUAUACAGAAACCUGUGUCGGCAUCGCUGAAUGUAAACGAAUGUGGCGCUUUGGUCUCAUACGAGAAAUAUAUUUUAACAAACUUUUCAAAAUAUGUAGACUAUUUAAACAUUGAGAAAACAUGCGUUUUUUUUCUCUGCCAACUCAAGAUUUAAAUAAAUGUCAAAUCCACUAUCCGCCUGUUAGAACAGACACACAAAUAUAAAAGAUAUAAAUGUUUAUUGAAUACCCAUCUUACAGUCUUGUUUAACUGGGAGAAUUCGUUACAAAAGACAGGCUUUAAGUUGUUAUCAUUAUGCAUAUAUGCACCGGCAUCGUCACAAACGUGAUCACACAAAAUGCAACCACGCAUCGCAUCCCCGCAUUACCUCCUCCUCCUGAGUCCUCACAAAUAAAACAUAAGAUUUAGUUGAGUAUUUGACAGCUGACAGCGCAGCCGUAUUUUUUGUCGGCAGUUACAGUGGGGCAAAUAAGUAUUUAGUCAACCACUAAUUGUGCAAGUUCUCCCACUUGAA